GUGUAUCAAAUACUUGUUCUCCCCACUGUAUUAUCAUUUUAAAGGAUGGUAUGAAUCAAUGUGUUAAGAAAAUUCAGUAUAGCUGAACACUAUCAAACUGUAUAAUAACCUGUUAGCUUACAGCCUGCACCUGAUAGCUCCAAUUGAACAGGUUUAUCUACUGUUAUUUGUCAAGGAUGAGUUUAUAGAGCUAUACUAAAUGUUAACUGGGUCAGAUUUUUUUUUAUCAGAAAAUUUGAGAAUAAUAGCUUAACAUUGUGGUGGAGCUCCUGCACUGAAAUACAUAUGACAGUUAUUGAACCUAUUGACAAAGUCAUGGUCAUGGUUAGACAAUACAGAUAGGGCCAAUGUCACAAAAACUGAUUAGGUCUAUUUCAGUCAAGUUCUCCACUGAGCUGGAUUUUUUUGUCCUACACUAUGAAAUUAACCCAUUGCCCCACCUGAAACUAAAGUCUUAUGGAUUUGUUAGAGGUGCCUAAGUAUUAGAUUACAGUACGGUGCUGCUAUAGUGGUUUUUAAUGUAUGAGACAGGCUUUACAAUGAAAAGUAUCAAAUAAACACAAGUGUACAGACACAAGAACAGCCUGAUAUGAGUAGUUUGUACUAAGAUUUACAUGGCACUCAAUCUUGUUGGUUUUUUACCAAUGUCUUCGGCAACAUCUUUAGUCAUGCUCCUUAUUGGUGUAUGACGGAUAAUAUCGCUUAGAGUAAGGACAUGAAGACCCAGGAUCAGGUGUGAGCUACGUGGACUACAAAAGAGACAAUUUGGGGGAAUCCAUUUUAGUUAUUUUUGAGGAUGUCUGAAAUGUUUUCUCUCCAGGAGAUGCUGUUGGAUCACCAGGAAUGUCUGAGGAGACAAAGGGAAGCGGUGAAGUUCAGAAUGAGGAAAAUUAGCAUAAAGCAAAUCGAAAUCACUAACAAGUCAUUAGUAAUGAGGGAAACUCUAAAAAAGACAUAUGAGGACAUCCAGAAGGUUCUGGAUGAGGACCUGAAGGUGACUCUGAACCAGCUGGAGAUGGAAGAGAGAGCUGCAGUCAUGGCCUUGGAAGAACUGAUGGAAAGAAACUGCUCCCUCAUCCGAGAAAUAGAGCAAGAUCUGGCUAGACUCACCGCUGAGCUGGCCCAGAGGGAGAUUCUACUGCAAGAUAUGAUGGACACUUCCAUUGAAUCAAGAGUGAAAGAAGUGCUGAGCACGACAGAUCCUAGCCAAGUAAACCUGGAUGAGCUUAAAGCUGACCAGAUCCUCAGCUUAGCCAACAAAAUGCUGGUUGUCAUCUGCUCCCAGAUCCCAAUCACCAAAAGACUCAACAAAAGCUACAGUACAGACAUUUCCCUGGACCCUGAGACAGCGCACCCCAAGCUGAUCAUCUCUCCAAGGGGGGACAGCGCCACCUACACCGAUGCCUGGCAGGAACUGCCGGAGCUCCCAGGCCGCUUUGACACCACCCUCAACGUGAUCAGCCUGCAAGGUUUUAGCUCCGGGCGUCACUACUGGGAGAUAGACGUGUCAGGAAAGACUUACUGGGAGCUGGGUCUCACUUACGCCACCAUCGCCCGCAAGGGCCGUGCCGAGGACUGCUGGCUGGGCCGUGGCUCGGACUCAUGGGCUGUGGAGUUCUUUGAUGGCGAGUACACAGCCUGGCACGAUGGGGUGCCCCACCAGCUGCCCUCCUCAAAACGCUUCAGUCGUAUUGGGGUGCUCUGUAGUUUUCCGGCAGGCCUGGUGUCUUUCCUAGGGGCGGACUGCAUGACCCCACUCUUCUCGUUCUGCACGGGGGCGUUCAGGAACUGUAUCCACCUGGCGUUGUGCCCGGGUCAUGACCACAACGGUACCAACGCCAAGCCAAUUGUGAUUUGUAAUGCAAAUCCGCCUACUUGUGCUUUUCAGAAUAAUUCAUCCUAGUGA